GAAACCGUGUAUACAACUUUUUUGUUCUUCUCAUAUCUCUCUGUUUGUUAUACAAUCACUCUCACAAAAGCCUGUAUCUAUCUAUUUAUCUCUGUAAUCAUAAUCCAAUUCACUAUUAUUAAAACCCAAAAGUCUUAAUUCCCUAAUAGUUCAAUCCAAUGGCUGAAAAAAUCCAUCCUUCUUUCAAACAAACCAACGGCAACAACAAUCCACCGCCCGCCGUCAACGGCGGUGCCACCAACCCUAACUUCCCGGCGAACAAAGCUCAGCUUUACAACUCCACACGUCCAGUCUACCGACCUCUCCCUCGUCGGAACCGUCGCAGCUGCUGCUGCUCCUUCUGUCUCUGGCUCACCUUCAUUAUCAUCCUCCUAGUCAUACUCGCCGCCAUCGCCGGCGGCAUCUUCUAUGUCAUAUACCGUCCACAUCGUCCGUCGUUCUCCGUCACAUCUCUUCAAAUCUCUCAAUUUAACCUGACGUCAUCAAAUCAACUCAACACUAAAUUCAAUUUCACUGCAACUGCUCGUAACCCUAACAAGAAGAUCGAGUUCCGUUACGACGUCGUUUCGAUCAAAAUCUCUUCUAAAUCAACUAACGUCGGCGCCGGAACUAUUCCGGCGUUCGACAUGCCGAAGAAAAAUACUACGAAAUUGAAAUCUAUCGUUUCGGCCAGCGGUCAAACUGUUGAUGAUAACAGCGAAUUAAAAUCGGAUCUGAAGAAUAAAAGGAAUAUUCCGUUAACUGUUCAGUUAGAUACUAAAGUGAAGGUUAAAAUUGGUGGACUGAAGACUAAAAAAAUUCCGAUUAGAGUUGUGUGUAACGGAAUUAAGGCGGUUGCACCGGCCGGUAAAUCGGUAACUACCGCGGUAACUUCUGGUGUAAAAUGUAAAGUUGAUCUUAGGAUUAAGAUCUGGAAAUGGACUAUUUGAAUCUGUCGUUGAUUAUUUUUAUUUGAUUUUAUGAAUUUUUUUUCUUUUUUAA